UUGGGGGGAGGAAGCUGUCCAGUCCCAGCUGUGCUCCAGCCAUAGGAAUUACGAUACCUUCAGGCAGAUAUCAAGAGACAUGAUGGAAAAGGGCCAUGACCGGGACACCCUGCAGUGCAGGGUUAAAGUGAAGGAGCUGUGGAAUUCCUACCGCAAAGCCCUCGAAGCAAACAGCCGCUCCGGUACUGCCCCCACAACCUGCUGUUUUUACAAAGAACUGGACGCGAUACUUGGUGGCGACCCCACCUCCAUUCUGAGUACCACCAUGAACACUGCAGAGCCCAGUCCAACAAGGCAGGAGGAGGAGGAGCAAAGCGGGAGCGAGUGUGCCGAGGAAGAGGAAGAAACCCCGACAUCCCUAGAUGCAUGCAGCCAGGACCUGUUCUCAAGCCAGGCGGAAGGUAGCCAGUUGCGGUGGCCGGUGCUUGGGGAAGGACCAACACCAAAGGAGGCUCCUGAUGCAACCUUGAGAUCUCAGCCAUCCAUGUUAUCACCAGCUGAGAGGCUGCAAAGAAUCAGGAAGAGGCCACGUCGAAGCAAAGAGGACAUGCUGCAUGAAGUCAUGCAGCAGUCCCUUAAUGAAAAUUAAAAAGUGCACGUGUGGCGGGAGAGUGAAAAGAGGGUCCGCCAGCAGAAUGCGGAUUGCUGGCGCCAAAGCAAAGAGCAGCUGAUAAGCAUCAUGGAGUGCCAAGCGGACUCGAUCCAGGCGCUCGUAGCCGUGCAUGCAGAGCACUACUGCCCCCGCCCCUCCCACAGCUCUUGUCCUAGAACUCUUUCCCUUGUGCCCCCAUGUCAUCGCCAACCCACUUUCCCCAACAUCUGGGUUCUUAUCACCACCAGCUGUCUCCAACGCCUGUAGCUUCACCACCCAGCCCUGAAAACUACGACACUUACGCACUGCACUCAUCCCCCAUCACCAUGCAGUAUAGCCAGGCUGAAGUGCAGCACUCGUUGCACAGCACUCCAGACAGGAAGGCUGAGUAUGAUAACAGGACAUAUGCAAACCUGUGAUUGUAUCGUUCUGCACCCCAGCCCCUUGCCCUUUGUGUUUCCCAAGC